AUGUCAGCCCUCUACCUCGCAGUCAUCGGCGUCGGCGGCGUCGGACAAGCCUUCCUCUCACAGCUCUCCAAUCUUCCCUCGUCCCUGCGCCCCAGCUUGAUUUUCGUCUCCCGUUCCACCAAACAACUUUACAACUCCUCAUACAGUGCGAUCAAUGCAUCUGAUCUUCCAUCUUCUACUUCAAAACUCUUAUCUCUUUCCGAACUCUCCACCUAUCUCUCAUCUGCCCCAGGCAAGGCCAUCCUCGUCGACAACACAUCCGACCAAGACAUCGCGAACGCAUAUCCCUCCUUCCUGCGCGCCGGUAUUAGCAUCGUCACACCGAGUAAGAAGGCCUUCUCCAGCAACCUCCAACUAUGGACCGACAUCUUUUCCGCCGUCGAUGCCUCCAAUGGGAAAGCCCUAGUCUACCACGAAUCAAGCUGCGGCGCCGGGUUGCCUGUGAUUUCAACGAUCAAAGACCUCGUAGCAACGGGCGACCAAGUCACACGCAUAGAGGGUGUAUUCUCUGGCACCAUGAGCUUCCUGUUCAACUCCUUCGCACCCGCCGACGGAAGUGGUAAGGGGAAGUGGUCCGAGAUUGUUGCCCAGGCCAAGGACGCCGGUUUUACCGAACCCGACCCACGAGACGAUCUCAAUGGCAUGGACGUCGCGAGGAAACUCACCAUCCUUGCCAGAAUAGCUGGUCUCAAGGUUCAAGGUCCUGACAGCUUUCCCGUCCAAAGCCUCAUUCCCGAUGCCCUGGCAUCAGCAAAAGACUCCAAUGAGUUUAUGCAGGAGUUACGGGAGUUUGAUGGUGAGAUGGAGAGAUAUAAGGACCAGGCUGCUAAGCAAGGGAAAGUGGUCAGGUAUGUUGGCUCCGUGGAUGUGGUUGCUGGGAAAGUGAAGGUUGGGUUGGAGUUUGUGGAUCAGGGAACUCCGAUUGCGAGUCUAACAGGCAGCGAUAAUCUGAUCUGCUUCUAUACCAAGCGCUAUGGCGCCAACCCCUUGGUGAUUCAAGGUUCUGGUGCUGGUGGCGAAGUGACCGCCAUGGGCGUCACGGCGGAUUUGAUCAAGGUGGUGGAGAGACUGAGAUAA